UUUUUCAACUUUUAUUCGUCAAAAAUGGCGAAAAACGAGCUCGCCUUUUGCGUAUCAAUGGCGGUGUUCUUCUUUUUGUUUCCGUACACUCUGUCUCUCAGUGACGAAGGUAAAGCAUUAAUGUCUAUUAAGGCUUCGUUUAGCGACGUUGUAAAUGUGCUUCUCGAUUGGGACGAAGACCAGAACGAGGAUCUAUGUUCAUGGAGAGGGGUUAUAUGUGAUAAUAUCAGCACUACUGUAGUUGCUCUAAAUCUUUCUAACUUGAACCUUGGAGGAGAAAUUUCACCUGCUAUUGGAGACUUGAGGAAUCUGCAGUCUAUCGAUUUGCAGGGAAAUAAGCUUACCGGACAGAUACCGGAUGAAAUUGGCAGUUGUGUUUCUCUAAUUUUGCUGGAUUUGUCUGACAAUAUGCUGUAUGGGGAUAUCCCGUUUUCGAUCUCUAAGCUGAAGCAGCUAGAACUAUUGAAUCUGAAGAACAACCAGAUUACCGGUCCCAUACCUUCGACACUAACUCAAAUUCCUAACCUUAAGACACUUGAUUUGGCUCAAAAUAAACUGACUGGUGAGAUACCGAGAUUGAUAUACUGGAAUGAAGUAUUGCAGUAUCUUGGUUUGCGAGGCAAUUCAUUAACUGGGACCCUGUCUGCUGAUAUGUGCCAGUUGACUGGUCUUUGGUAUUUCGAUGUUCGGGGAAAUAACUUGAGCGGCACUAUUCCUGAUAGCAUUGGUAACUGUACAAGCUUUGAGAUAUUAGAUAUCUCUUACAAUCAGAUCACUGGUGAAAUUCCAUAUAACAUUGGGUUUCUUCAAGUGGCUACCUUGUCUCUUCAAGGUAACAAGUUAACCGGAAAAAUUCCAGAAGUUAUUGGUCUUAUGCAAGCACUUGCUGUUCUGGACUUGAGUGAAAAUCAAUUAGUCGGACCAAUUCCUCCAAUCUUUGGCAACUUAUCAUUUACAGGAAAACUAUAUCUUCAUGGGAAUAGACUUACAGGACCAAUUCCACCAGAGCUUGGAAAUAUGACAAAGCUUAGCUAUCUGCAGUUGAAUAAUAACCAGUUCAGUGGUGGAAUUCCUGCUGAACUAGGGAAUCUUGAUCAGCUUUUUGAAUUGAACCUUGCACUCAACAACCUUGAGGGGCCUAUUCCUGAGGAAAUCAGUUCUUGCACUGCUUUAAAUCAACUCAACGUGCAUGGAAACUUACUCAAUGGUUCCAUUCCAUCCGGAUUUCGUAAUCUAGAGAGCCUAACUUAUCUAAAUCUAUCUUCAAAUAACUUUAAGGGGUUUAUACCAAUUCAGCUUGGGAGAAUAAUCAAUCUAGAUACAUUGGAUCUUUCCAGCAAUCAUUUCUCUGGACCCGUUCCUGCAUCUAUUGGCGAUCUUGAGCAUCUUUUGACAUUAAAUUUGAGCCAUAAUCUCCUUGUGGGUCCAAUACCUCAGGAAUUUGGGAACCUUAGAAGUGUCCAAAUUAUUGACAUGUCUUUCAACAAACUCCAUGAGGCCAUACCAGUAGAGAUGGGCCAGCUGCAAAACAUCAUGUCUCUCAUCUUAAACAACAACAGUUUGAACGGAGAGAUACCUAACCAAUUAUCCAACUGUUUCAGCCUUGUUAAUCUAAAUGUUUCUUACAACAACAUAUCCGGGGUGGUGCCUCCUAGUAGAACUUUUUCACGGUUUCCACCGGAUAGCUUUCUUGGAAAUCCUUUGUUAUGUGGGAACUGGUUAGGUUCCAUAUGUGACCCAUAUUCACAAAAACAAAGAGCUUUCUUUUCCAGAACGGCUGUUGUUUGCAUGACGUUAGGGUUUGUGGUACUUGUAGCCAUGGUGAUACUGAUGAUUUUAAGAUCAAACAAACCCAAACAGUAUAUGAAAGAAACGACCAAGGGCUUGCAAGGUCCUCCAAAACUUGUAAUUCUUCACAUGGAUUUGGCAAUUCACACGUAUGAUGAUAUUUUGAGAAUCACAGAAAAUUUCAAUGAAAAGUACAUUAUAGGAUAUGGUUCUUCAAGCACCGUUUACAAGUGUUCUCUAAAGAAUUCCCGGCCUAUUGCAAUCAAGCGGCUUUACACCCAGUACCAGCACAACUUUCAGGAGUUUGAAACUGAGCUGGAGACUAUUGGCAGCAUUCGACAUAGAAAUCUUGUGAGUCUGCAUGGUUAUUCCCUUUCGCCCACUGGAAACCUCCUCUUCUAUGACUACAUGCCAAAUGGUUCUCUUUGGGAUCUUCUUCAUGGACCAUCGAAGAAGGUGAAACUUGAUUGGGAAACCCGUCACAGGAUAGCAGUGGGAGCUGCACAAGGACUAGCUUAUCUUCACCACGAUUGCAGCCCAAGAAUCAUUCAUAGAGAUGUGAAAUCAUCAAAUAUUUUGUUGGAUGAGAAUUUUGAGGCUCAUAUAUCUGAUUUUGGCAUUGCAAAGUCUCUUCCGACGACUAAAACCUAUGCGUCAACUUAUGUUCUCGGGACGAUUGGCUACAUAGACCCUGAGUACGCUAGGACUUCUCGGCUUACUGAAAAAUCAGAUGUGUAUAGUUUUGGUAUCGUUCUCCUGGAGUUAUUGACUGGAAAGAAAGCUGUUGACAACGAGUCUAACUUGCAUCAACUGAUAUUGGCAAAGGCUGAUGAUAAUACAGUGAUGGAAUCAGUUGAUCCAGAAGUGUCGGUUACCUGUAUUGAUUUAUCACAAGUUAAAAAGACUUUUCAACUUGCGUUGUUAUGCACAAGGCGUCAUCCUUCUGAGAGACCGACAAUGCAUGAGGUUGCAGGGAUCCUGCAAUCCUUGUUGCCCUCUGCUCUAGGUACAAAAACAAAUUUGGGUCCUGAAAAAAAGACAUCGGAGUAUGCACAAUAUGUGAUAGGAGAUGGGCAUCCUCCUCGGCAGCAGGAUGACAAUUCUUCAGAUGCUCAAUGGUUUUUCAGGUUUCGCGAACUUGUAUCAAAUAAUACAUUUUAGGAUAUAGUUUUGGAACUACUUUUGGGGGCGGUGUUAUCUUUUGGCUGGCUUUAGUUACAAGUUAUUGAUAAUAUCAGAUUUAGGAACUAAAGGCUUUUAUGUUGUAAUGUUAACUUAUGUUAUUGUACUUGUAAUUUUGUAAAACUGGUUCACAGGCUGUAGUUCAAUCUAUUUUGUUACGUUAGCCUUA